AUGCUGAAGGCGGAAGAGUAUGAGGAGUUUUUCAUCGAGCUUGACGCGAAAGCAUUCCUCUGGGCCUGUCGAGGUGGUCUCAAGAAGCUCGCAAGGGAGCUUGGUUUCGACAAGGUGGACUUCGAUCCCAUCUCAACACCAAAGCGGAUCAUCAUUACCGGCACUGCCAAGGUAUAUGAAGCUGCGAUGGCCAUCAUGGAGAGCCGCACUCACCCGGAGAGCCAAGGCUCAAGCCCGGGCACGCAAGACUGUUCGGUGUGCUGGACCGAAGCUGAAAAUCCGAUACGCACCCAGUGCAACCAUGUCUACUGUCUCGAUUGCUUUGAGAAUAUGUGCACGUCGGCCACGACUCAAGGAUACGGCGACCAAGAUUAUAUGUGCAGGAGAUUCUGGCAACUGUAA